CCCAAGUAAAGAAAAAAAACCGUGGGACUCAUAUGAGCUGUGAGCUGUGGUACGGAGACUCCAAUGUCUGAACCGAGCAUUUAAACAGCCCACCAACCGCUUCCUUUCAGCAACAGAACCUAAAUCAACAGAGAGAUCACUCGGAAAAGCAUCAAUCCGUUUGGUUGCUUGUUUUGUGAGACCCAAGCUGCAAUUCCAAAAGCUCUGGCAGGUGCGGAGGAAGUGGUGAGGCUGGAAAACAUUGCCUUCUCCGAGGGAGACGCCUGCCGGAAUAAAGGAAAAUGAAGGGGUUGUUCAAGUCCAAGCCCAGGACCCCCGUUGAUGUUGUUCGUCAGACUCGUGAUCUCCUCAUCCAUGCCGAAAGCGGCUCUGCUUCCGACACUCGCGAGAGCAAACGAGAAGAAAAGAUGAUCGAGUUGAGCAAACUAAUUCGGGAAUUGAAGUCAAUUCUUUAUGGUAAUAGUGAAGCUGAGCCUGUUGCAGAGGCUUGUGCACAGCUAACUCAAGAGUUCUUUAGGGAAAACACAUUGCGCCUUCUAAUUAAUUGUCUUCCCAAAUUGAAUUUAGAGACCCGUAAAGAUGCCACACAAGUAGUUGCAAAUCUACAAAGGCAACAGGUUCAGUCAAGGCUGGUUGCCAGUGAUUACUUGGAAGCCAAUUUGGAUCUCAUGGAUACUCUAAUAGUAGGUUACGAGAAACCAGAUAUUGCAUUGCAUUAUGGUGCUAUGCUGAGGGAAUGCAUUCGACACCAAAGUGUUGCUAGGUAUGUCCUGAAUUCACAACAUAUGAAGAGGUUUUUCACCUACAUACAACUACCAAAUUUUGACCUUGCUGCUGAUGCUGCUGCAACUUUUAAGGAACUCUUGACAAGACAUAAAUCAACUGUAGCUGAUUUUCUUUCUAAGAAUUAUGACUGGUUUUUUGCUGACUAUAACUCACAGCUGCUUGAGUCUCCCAAUUACAUCACUAGAAGGCAAGCUAUUAAGCUUCUGGGGGAUAUGCUUCUGGACCGAUCAAAUUCUGCUGUGAUGACACGUUAUGUUAGCUCAAGAGAUAACUUGAGGAUUCUGAUGAAUCUUCUCAGGGAGUCGAGCAAAAGCAUUCAGAUUGAAGCAUUUCAUGUUUUUAAGCUAUUUGCUGCCAAUCAACACAAGCCUUCAGUUAUAGUUAACAUCCUUGUCGCAAAUAGAAGCAAGCUUUUACGCCUCUUUGCUGAUUUCAAGACUGAGAAAGAGGAUGAGCAGUUUGAGGCAGACAAAGCUCAGGUUGUGAAAGAAAUCGCUGCACUCGAACACAAGGAGCUUUCAUGAUGCUUUAGUUUCUGUUUAGCUCCUUAGAGGUCUUCUACGGAUUGUCUGUAAUCUUAUCUGUUUCCCACUUGUGUAUUUGUUACUAGUUGUCAAUAUUCCCUCUAGAAUGCUGGGGUGCUAAUAUAUGAGUAACAUAUCCAAAUAUUACAUAAUUUAUUGGGAGUACUUUGGCGCCACGCCAUGUAUUUUCUUCUAGCGUCUUACAAAUGUCUUUCGCAUUUUGAGCCAUAUUUGAUGUGUAUUUUUUGGGUUAUAGGUAGGAAUAGACAC